ACGAAUAGGCUGAGAGACUCGGAGUUAAUUUUAGAGACAAGAAAAUUAGACCUAAGAAUUCCUGUCUUCUGGUGCCUCGGUUUCCCUAGCUGCGAAAUGACAACAUUGAUGCCUUCAGGCUAUCAGUUUGAUGAAAGAUGAUGAAAUGUGGACAGGUGGUUUAUAAAACGCAGAACGUUGUAGAGUGUGUAGGAAGGCACAACUGUACUUGUGGGUAUGCCUUGAAAACAGGUAAAUAUUUCCAUAACCUUAUGGAGAGAAAGGACUUUGAAACAUGGCUUGAUAACAUUUCUGUUACAUUUCUUUCUCUGACGGACUUGCAGAAAAAUGAAACUCUGGAUCACCUGAUUAGUCUGAGUGGGGCGGUCCAGCUCAGGCACCUCUCCAAUAACCUGGAGACUCUCCUCAAGCGGGACUUCCUCAAACUCCUUCCCCUGGAGCUCAGUUUUUAUUUGUUAAAAUGGCUUGAUCCUCAGACUUUACUCACAUGCUGCCUAGUCUCUAAGCAGUGGAAUAAGGUGAUAAGUGCCUGUACAGAGGUGUGGCAGACUGCAUGUAAAAAUUUGGGCUGGCAGAUAGAUGAUUCUGUUCAGGACGCAUUGCACUGGAAGAAGGUUUACUUGAAGGCUAUUCUGAGGAUGAAGCAAUUGGAGGACCAUGAAGCCUUUGAGACCUCGUCAUUAAUUGGACAUAGUGCCAGAGUGUAUGCACUUUACUACAAAGAUGGACUUCUCUGUACAGGGUCAGAUGACUUGUCUGCAAAGCUGUGGGAUGUAAGCACAGGACAGUGUGUUUACGGCAUCCAGACCCACACUUGUGCAGCUGUCAAGUUCGAUGAACAGAAGCUUGUGACAGGCUCCUUUGACAACACCGUGGCCUGCUGGGAAUGGAGUUCUGGAGCCAGGACCCAACACUUCCGGGGGCACACGGGAGCUGUGUUCAGUGUGGACUACAGUGAUGAACUGGAUAUUCUGGUGAGUGGCUCUGCGGACUUCGCUGUGAAAGUAUGGGCUUUAUCUGCUGGGACAUGCCUGAACACCCUCACUGGGCAUACUGAAUGGGUCACCAAGGUGGUUUUGCAGAAGUGCAAAGUCAAGUCUCUCUUGCACAGCCCUGGAGACUACAUCCUCUUAAGUGCGGACAAAUACGAGAUCAAGAUUUGGCCAAUUGGAAGAGAAAUCAACUGUAAGUGCUUAAAGACAUUGUCUGUCUCUGAGGAUAGAAGUAUCUGUUUGCAGCCAAGACUUCAUUUUGAUGGAAAGUACAUUGUCUGUAGUUCAGCCCUUGGUCUGUACCAGUGGGACUUCGCCAGUUAUGAUAUUCUCAGGGUCAUCAGGACGCCUGAGGCGGCGAGUCUGGCCUUGCUGGGCUUUGGCGAUGUCUUCGCCCUGCUGUUUGACAGCCACUACCUAUAUAUCAUGGACUUGAGGACAGAGCGCCUAAUCAGCCGCUGGCCUCUGCCAGAGUACAGGAAGUCAAAGAGAGGCUCCAGCUUCCUGGCAGGCGAAGCCUCCUGGCUGAAUGGACUAGACGGGCACAAUGACUCGGGCUUAGUUUUCGCCACCAGCAUGCCUGACCACAGUAUUCACCUGGUCUUGUGGAAGGAGCACGGCUGAAACCAGGAGCUACCACCGCUGACUGACUUUGGGUGCCAGGGCUGCGGGUUUUGGGUGCAACGUCUGUGGCAGCCAACUGCAUGAACCAAAGUUCUCACCUAAAGGUAUCAUCACGCAGUGCACAAUCAUUUAUCUGUUUGCCAGGGCUGGGCGGGGAGGGCUUGUCUUACUGACACACACGGCAGCAUGCUAAUGGGGCACACCAUUGACUUCAUUUGUACUUAGUUAUGUUGGUCAGUAUAAGAGGUUGCAUUUUUGGAUUUAUCUUUCUGAGUGGAAUUGAGUAAAGAAAGUUAAAUGAUUCACUAAUCUGCUAAUUGGUUGCCCAUAAAAUCACAUGGACUGUGUUAUUAAAGCUUUUUCCCGUAGCCUUUGUUUGAAAUUGGACCAAAGGUAUUAUGAUGUUGUUCCAGCAUGCUUUCUCAUGUGGGGCUUGGAUUUACAAGAGCCAUUGUUAAAACACCACUGAA